AAAAUGUCAACUUCAAAUACGGGCGCAGCUGUUUCUCGUAUGGUUAGGCCAAUAAUUUCUCAAGAUUUGGUUGAAGCAAAAUUAAAUGUUUUAAAAAUGUAUAAACAAUUUCAACGUGUAGCUAAACAACAUUGGUGGGAUUAUAGACUUCAAGAUAUUCCGUUGCCUGUAUUCCGUGAAGUUUUGAAAAAAGAAUUUAUGAAAAAUGCGCAUAUACAAGAUGUUAGAAUUAUUGAUAGAAAAGUUGAAGGUAAAAUUAUUUUGUAUUUCAUUUAUUUUAAAGUUUUCCGGAAAUUUGUGUUUUCUCAAAAUUCUGAUUUUUAUUUAAAAUAA